AUGGCUUUAAUGGAAUCUAUCCGAAAACGUUUCAGCCAUCGGCUUGAAUCCCAUCAAAUUGAUGAAGACUAUACUACUCCUGCAAGAUCAAGCAGUAGUGGCCGUAAUUCUGUACAAGCAACUAAUGUUUCAAAUGCUAUUAACUUAAAUGCAGAUAAUGUUGACAGAUCUACAUCUUUUGUGUAUAAUGUGGUAGACCCUUACGACCCUACCGAAAUGGUACCAUCAUACGAGACAUCACAGCUAUUGUAUGAGCAGCAACAAAGGGUACCUGAGAGAAAUUCUUCAAUUCCAAACUCAUCAAAUAUAUCUCGAAAUAUUUCAAGAACCAAUUCAUAUGCGACGAUUACGCCGUUAGCACAGAACCAAGGGUCUAAUGGGAAUCAACCAGGAAACAAUGGUUCACAUAAGAAUAAUACAAAAAAUUCGUUGAAAAUGCUAGGUUUAAAAUUUUUGAAUGCAAGACAGCACUUCAUGUUGGCUUGUUGUCGAGACAUAUCAUUAAUACCAUGUUUGAUAGGGUUGAUGCAAUCAUGGAACAGAGUUUUUCUAAGUUCGGGUUCAAUGAAUGAUUUCAUUGAUGAUAAUCUAAGCCUAGUCGCUCAAGAGACAGGCAAUGACACGCUAUACCUUUCCAUGACAAGCGCUAGGCUUUCAGAGCAUUUCUUAACUGGAAUAUGGUGUAUUGUUGCAGGAUAUUUGUCGUUUUCUGUGUUGGACGGGUUGAUGAUCAGAUGGAUCGUUACUUACCUGACCUUGGCGGCCAUUGUUAGAAUGUUGUCCAUGUCAACAAUUAUGAUAACCAUUGAGCAAUAUCUUCUUUCUACAUUCACUGCUGACGGAUACAAAUAUGGCUUACACAUUUGGAUAUUAAUAAGCUGUUGUUUAACUCUACUCUAUAUUGGUCAAAAUUUUGUUACACUGAAUCUAGACUUGAAGGGUAAUACUAGAGCAAGAUUUUUCGAUUUUUAUAAUAUCGCUGUCUUUGCUGUAGUGCCAGUUGGAUUGGCAAGUUUCAUUACUAUGAUAGGAUUAUUAAGGUCAUUGCUUAUAUUAAGACUUGAUAUCGACCAAAGGGGACUACCAUGA